AUCCGUUUUGCGACUCCUGCUCUGUUGGGAACAAAUAUUGAUAGUGGCUUCAGGAUAUUUACGAAGUGAAAAGCCUUCGCCACUAAAUGCAGCAUGGCCUCUGAUGAGUCGUACAACUUUGUCUUCAAAGUUGUUUUGAUAGGGGAGUCUGGCGUAGGAAAAAGCAACCUUCUGUCUCGCUUCACUAAGAACGAGUUCAAUCACGACAGUCGCACCACCAUCGGCGUCGAGUUUAGCACGCGGACUGUUCAGCUGGACAACCACACCAUCAAAGCCCAAAUCUGGGACACUGCUGGGCUUGAACGCUACAGGGCUAUCACCUCAGCGUAUUACAGGGGAGCAGUUGGAGCACUGUUGGUCUUCGACAUUAGCAAGCACCUGACCUAUGAGAGUGCAGAUCAAUGGUUGAAAGAGCUGUUUGAACAUGCGGACCCUCACAUCGUGGUCAUGCUGGUGGGAAACAAGAGAGACCUGGACACCCUCAGGACUGUGCCCACAGAGGAGGCCAAGGAUUUUGCAGAGAAGAGAGGCCUCAUGUACAUGGAGACUUCAGCUUUGGACUCCACGAAUGUCGAACAGGCUUUUAAUGAAGUUCUCACAGCGAUCCAUAAGAAGGUGGCCAGCAGAGAGGUGACCCGCGGCUCCAUCAGUGCUGUAACUUUGUCCAGCCACCUCGGCCCCACCAGCGAGGCACAGGGCCACAGAAACUGCUGCAAUAGCUCCUAACAGACUGCUGCUGUUCUGCUCAUUUUGAAGCUUAAGAAUGAUUCGCCAGCAAUAUGAAGAGCGAGGUACCUGCUUGACACUUGAGCAGUCAGUGAACAAAGCUCUUAAACAUUAAGGCUGUGGAGUAUCGAACAAAAAGAAAGAUAUGCAAAUAUUGAGAAAAUCUAUAUUUUAAAUACUCUAUAUUUUUUUGGUGGCUAUAGGGUGCUUAUGAGUACA